UCGAUAUUGGAGACGGAAAUGACAUUUUCGAUCUCAAGAAAGCUAUUAAAGAAAUUAAACAGGAUGGCUUUUCUGGGGUCGAUGUUGAUAGACUCAGGUUGUGGAGAGUUAACGCAGCUCAAAUUACUUCUGAAAUAUUAAAUAAAGAAUUAGAAGAUGCAGCACAAAAAAUUGGAGAAGCUUUUCAUGGCGUUCAAGGAAAUAACGUUCGAGUUGUAGUUAGAACUUCCGAUACUGUUUCUAACUUGUGUCUUGCAUCACGGAAUCAAGAAAUAGAAGAAUUGAGAGCAAAGCUGGCAGCGCUUUGUGUAAAACUUGGUUAUGAGCUUGGUUAUACACCUCCAGUCGAAGAACUUGGUCUUUUGGUUCCACUCUCAGAGACGAAAUUUAAACAACUAAAGCGCGAAAAAGAAUACAAGGAAACUGUUAAUCUUGGUCUUAAAGCAAACCCUCCUUCGACUAGUGCCAAGCCUUCUAACUUCUUCUCAAAUCAACAAAAGAAUCCAAUCCUUAAUGGUCGACCACUUGAACAUACUGGUCCUCCUAUUACUAUUCACAAUAGAACCUUUGGUCAAUUCCUUGAAGACUUUAGGAAUGCGGAUUUGGUAGUGCCUUCCGAUAUUAUGGAGUGGGUCAUAGAUAUUAUUUCCGCAGUAACAGAUAGAUACACCAUUGAAGACGAACGUAUGGAUACAAUGAGAGAGAUACUUUCAAAAAAAUUUGGCACCAUUUCAGUGAUUAGUUACGAAAGAAAAGGUUGUAAGAGUGAUGGAAUACUUACGACUAAAGUAGGCAUUCACGACGCUAUUAUGGUAAUAUUCGAAGGAAAGAAUGAAGUUGGAUCUGGUGGAACUGAUCCCAGUGUUCAAGAAGCAAUAUAUUACCGAAAUUAUUGGUCUCAAUCAUCAGCUGACCAGAUUCGAGACUGCUGUUGCGCACCAUCCUUUAUUAUCACCAUUGCCAGACCAUGGUUUUGUGUUUUCAGAGGAGUUUUCCUUAACAGGGUAGUAGUCCAGCCGCUAACAGAUUCCAUUCCUCUUACAAUUGACCUUCGAAAUAAAGACCAAGGGUUGGAAUUAAAUCAAACAGGACAGCAGUAUUUUCCCUAUCUUCGAAGUUUUCCAAUCAACGGAAAAACAGUCAAUUUCACCUACACUGAGGAGCUUGCAAAUGAUCACACAAGAACUAUCUGGAAAGCCAGUACAGAUAAUAAUAAAAUGAUUGUCGUGAAAUUUGUGACUGAAUACAAUAGAAAUGCACAUGAUAUCUGCCAUAGUAAAGGUUAUGCUCUGGAACUGUUAUAUUGUAGCGCCAAUAAUGAAAUCCGAGCUCUUGGCGGAUAUAAGAUGAUUAUUAUGGAACAUGUCAGCACCUCACUGGAUAAGAAAUUUAAUAAAAUCGAGAUUAUGCAUCUUCGUCUUCCAAACAUUCUGGUGUAUAAUCAGCAUGGAACGCAACGAGCAAUGUUAAUAGACUUUGAUUGGUAUGAACGGCAUGAAACAGACAAAUACCCACCAUCAUUGAAUAUGUCGAUACAGUGGCCCACAAAUGUGAAACCUAACGCCUUCCUUAACAAAGCCGAUGAUCUUUAUUGGCUUAGAAAGUUGCAAGAGUAUUUGAG